AGGUUUUAGGGGGAAAAAUCGGAACCCUCGAAUUUCAGUAGACCUCUGCUUCGUUUGGCAAAUUGAUCUUCGCUUCCAUUUAUGAUUCUGCGACUGUGAAAAAUGGUUCUAUCAAACAAAAAGUUGAAGCAGAAGCUGAGAGAAAAGCUAGCCGAAUCGUUAAUUGCCACAGUCGCCGGAAAAGAUUCCGUCGGGGAUGUUUCCGGUGAACCGGAUUCGGAGUCUAGGCCACAAUCCCUGAGAGAGCUUUUAGGCGCCGUGAGUCACCAUGGACCUAGAUUGUCCAAGCGAGAGAAACGUAGAGAGUCGCUUACUUUGGUAGCUUCGGAUGAGAAGAACAAUGAGGAGAAGAAGGAAGAUGAGAAUCAGAGAUUGGGAGGGACCAAGAGAGAGARGAAAAGGAAGAGAGAUGAAGAGGGGGCGGAAAAGAGUGCGUUAGAUGGGUCGGCAGAGAAUAAUGAGAAGGCCAAGAAGUUGAAGAAGAAAAAGAAGAAGAAGAAGAAGAAGACGAAGAAGAGUAAUAAGAAGGCAGACAAUGGCGAGGAGGAGAAGGAAAAGCAGGGAGGUGAAGGUGGGAAUGAAGUGGAAGGGCUUGAAGAAACUCAUGAUAAUGUAGGCAGUGUAGUAAUUGAAAAUGUGGCUACAAAAGUAUAUGUUGGAGGAAUUCCAUAUUAUUCAACAGAGGAUGAUAUUUGUAGCUUUUUUGAAAGCUGUGGCACUAUCACCGAAGUUGAUUGUAUGAAGUUUCCAGAGAGYGGGAAGUUCAGAGGCAUUGCAAUAUUAAGUUUCAAGACAGAAGCUGCAGCGAAACGAGCACUAGCCAUGGACGGAGCUGACAUGGGUGGACUCUUCCUUAAAGUACAGCCCUACAAGGGAACUCGAUUGAAUAAAGCAGUUGAUUUUUCUCCCGGAAUCAUGGAAGGCUACAACAGAAUCUAUCUGGGCAAUCUGUCAUGGGAUGUAACUGAGGAUGAUCUGAAGAAACUCUUCUCAAACUGUAAGAUUGCAUCGAUACGUUUCGGCAUGGACAAGGAAACAGGGGAGUUUCGUGGCUAUGCCCACGUUGAUUUCUCUGACAGUGUCUCGUUAAAAACAGCUUUGAAGUUAGACCAGGAGACGAUUCACGGCAGACCCGUCAAGAUAAGAUGUGCAGUUCCUAAGAAAGGAACCGAAAGAGGAGCAGGAGGAGCAGCAGCAGCAGAAACACAUUCAAAACCUGAACCUGUAGGAGGAGGAGCAGCAGCAGCAGAAACGCAUCCAAAACCUGAACCUGUAAUGAAGGAAGCGGAUAGUGGAUUAAGCUCUGUAAGUGGUAAAAUAAGAAGAAGAACAUGCUAUGAAUGUGGUGAAAAAGGCCAUCUUUCUUCCAACUGUCCUAAGAAGCAGCUUGAGAAUUCAGUUGCAAGUUGAAUACAACGAACGCCUUCUCUUUAUUUUUUGUUAGCCAGAAAAAUUUAGUGUACUGUUGAAAUUAUUUUUGCAGUGUAUGCUAUGUAAUCUGAUAUUUUGAAUUUCA